UCCAUCGCAGCCCAGGGCCAGCGAGGAUGGAGUGAGGGGAGAGUGACGGAUUGCUGAAUGUUUCUCCGGCGCCUCGAUGACAUCUCCACUUCCUGCUGCAGGCAAGCUGAUGUCAUCGAUAUUCGUGUCCGCGAGGUCAAGCUUCUUUUCUUGGAUUCAUUCGCCUUUUCUUUUUUUUUUGUUUUUUUUUUUAACCUCUUCCUGCUUCCUCUCAAUCAAGCGCAGCUGCUGGUCUCACAGCACUGGAGGUCUUGCCAGAGGGUGGACUUUAGCCUGUCAUCUUCACUAAAGGUAAUUCUGUGAAGUCAGGACAUGGUCUCCUGAUUGGCCCACCACAGAAACAACACAAGUGAAGACAAGAUCACCCUGGGCCAUGACUGCUUUGCUGAAUGAAACCGAUGUGGUUGGGAAUUCAGCCGUUCUGCUGGUGACCACAGACUCUCCCUUCAACUUAACUCCAGCUUCUCUGGCGGAACUUGUAUCGGACCGGCCGGUGGCUCCUCUUUGUACCGUCUGCUGCUGCGGCUUUCUCAAUCGUGCCUUUGCCGUUGUGUUCAUGGUCAGCCUAACUUUCGCAAUAGUGGUUGGGAAUGUGAUCACUCUGACUGUGUUUGUGCAGACGAGACAGUCCAGGACACCACAAGGCUACCUGAAAGUGUCUCUGGCGAUAGCUGACAUGAUGGUGGGCAUUGUUGUGGUCCCUUUCUCCGUUUACACUGAAGUCUCACUGAUGGUAACCUACACACCUCCCGUUUGGUACCAGAGUGAUUCAGCAUCUCAGGCUUCCCUUCUAAGUGGACCGAGGAACCCCUGGCAGCCCUGCAUGCUGAUCGGACCCGUGUUCGCCGGGUGCACGUUUGUCUCCAUCAGCACCAUCUUCCUCAUGACGGUGGAGCGAAGCGUGGCCAUCCUGCGGCCGCUGCACAAGGACGCCUUGGUGACACGGAGGAGAACUCUUCUCCUCAUCCUGCUCUCAUGGGCUGCCAGCUUUCUCCUGGCACUCGCGCCACUCUUAUUCAGCAGCAACUUCACUUUAGAGUACAAUGAGUGUAGCCGCAUGUGCAACUACUCCCCAGUGUUGCUGGGCAACCGGCUGCCGCGUGACGCCAACAUCCUGCUGUUAUUCCCCGUAUUUGACUUCACUCUUCUUGGGGGAACGUUUGCUGUGAACAUCAUGUCGUUCACCAGCAUCCGGCAGUACUCCAGGAGACGCAAACUCCUCUCAGAGGGGAGUUUGACCAAUGGAGGAGGAGGCGGGUCAUGCCCCCACAGACCCUCCUUUUCAGAUAUUAAAGCCGCUAAGACGAUCAGCAUCUUAACUUUUGCUUUCACCGCAUCCUUCUCUCCCAUUGCAGUAUUUGUGUUGGGGAACGUGGUGGGACACACCUGGUGCAACUUCUCCUUUAUUGCCUUCUGGAUUCUAACGGCAAACAGCUGCUGCAACGUGAUCAUCUACAGCGUUAGGGACCAUCGUUUUCGGAAGGGUGUGACCCUGCUCUUUCGGCGCGAUAACUGUCCCCCGCAGGAGGAGAAAACCUGAAAUGUGUGUGCAGGACCGCAGCUUCUCGAUCAAUGCUCGAGACUUGCUGUUGAUGGUGGAAGUAAUGUGCCGCGGCAACAAGCGCGUUGUUGCUUC